CCAUCGAAACUUCCACGCUAUAAUCCAUCACGUACACGUUAAUUCGAUCGCGAUAUGCCCAGAUCGCUUUCCGUGCGCACCAAGUGAGGUUAGUCAUAGAAUUUCAUGAGGUCAUUCAUGGACGGAAACGAGGUCGGUUCGAACCCCGAAGUCAUCAGGAGGAGAUCUAUGGUCAAGAACCACAGAAAAAUCACGUUGGAUCAUUUCAACUACUUGAAAAUAUGGGAGCAAAUGCUGAACACACAGAGGAAAGUUGUGACGGGACAACACUUCGAAAUCAUAGAGUCUACGAUCAUAGAAGAAAAAGACAAGACCAGUAACUAUGGGAAAGAACAUAAAAAUAAUAAAAUCCUAGUAGUUGAACCAAGAAUUACGACAUCUAAAAUAAAUUCCACAAAACAGUCGACAAAACCUAGGAUUGUAGGUGUUGUAUAUAAAUUUCCUAGCCAAUACCAAAAAGACGUACUUGACAUAGUCAUAGGAAGAAGAUGGCACGACAAUUGACUUCAUCACGUAGAUUUAUAAUGUUGUUUGUAGAAAAUCGAAAUAUAUUGUAGAAUUUC